AUGGCGACAAAGAAGACUCGCGUGAAACAGGAACAGUUGCGCAAGCGGCGUAACAACCUUCUCCGACGCCAUAACGACUUUUGGCGUCUUUACUCCAUCCGGAGCUGGCUGACUAUGGAGAUGCCAAAUGGCCGAAUCUACACUUAUCAUUCUCAUCCGGAUGUUCCUCGUCCGACAAGGGACGAGAUGAAUGCUCGUUCUCGACCGGCAGUCCACAAAACCCCUGCAGACUAUGUCUCCGAUAGACCAACGAAUCUAACAAUUCCCAAGGCGCCGACAUCCUCCAUUCCGAAACGACGGAAGGCCGUCUGGGACUCAUUUGCCCAAUACAUGCAAUAUAUUCGAGCAUAA